UUUAGAAAUUAGAAUUCCUUUAUGUCUGUAGGGUACCAAACGACAGCCGGUCGAUAAUCUGGGGCGAGGUGCUAGCUGCUAAAUGAACCGUACGCCGCCGUAGUUCUCAACAAAAGUAAAAAAGACGCCGCCGGGAAAACAAGAAUGCCCGGUCCGGGUCCGCACAUGAUAUACACACUCGGAUCUGGGCUGGCCUUGAUGAGCACAUCUAACGGCCACUUCAGCCCUCACCACUGCCUUACCUACUCCAUCAAUGCUUUCUUCGGGCCGGACAUUGGUUCCUUCUGCGAGUGGUUAUCGUCUACUCUCGGGCUCGGCGGGGAUUUAGGCUCCUCAAUUGAGCCAUGGAUCCACGACCCUUUCUGCUAUUUCCUCAUUCUGGGCUUCCCACUUUCUCUGCUCUACAGCUGGGCCUCCAAGUUCCUCCUCCGCAAAGGGUUCCUUGAUUCCAUUUCUGGGGUCUGCCUUAAAGUUUUCAAAAAAAAUUGUAUGUAGCCUAAGAAAAAAGUCAUCUUUAUAUAUGCCAAUUUGGACUUAACUGUAUUUUCCUUUGCAGGUUCCUCUUACAAAGAUGCAGUGUUUUUUGUUGGUGGCUGCUGGUUCUUUAUCACAUUUCUUCUUGGACCAUUUGUUUGAGGAAAAUGGGCAUUCAUCCAUGUAUACUUGGAUAUUGAGCACAGGUUGGUGGAAAGGACGAGCUCCCAUCAAUCCGGAUGCUGUUGUUAUAAUUAGCCUUCUGUGCAUAUUAUUGAUCGGAGGCUUUGUGUAUAUUAACAGGGUGAGCCCCUCAAAACGGAUUAAGAAACAGUGCUAUCAGUCGGCGAGACUCAUCCUGGCAAUUGCUAGCUUGUACUGCUUAUGGUGUGGAAGCCAAAUUUACGUGAUGAACCCUCGGCGGCCUGCAGUCGGUGAAGAAGCUGAUUUAGGGGUUCUUGUGUUUCUUGGCGUUUAUUUUUUCCUUCCUCAGUGGCUGUGCAUUCUCUCUAUGAAUUCAAGGAAUUCCCAGGGUGCGGAAAUGCUGCCGCUUUAAACUAGAUGACCAUACUAACAAGUACUCUCUCUAAGCUCUAAGCGCAGCCUGGUUCUUUCUGCACUAGUUUUGUAUAUCACUAGCUUGUUGAAAGCAAAUGGCAACUCUGAGGCAUUAAGCUUAUGUACAAAGUGUACACUUGUUCUUUUGUGUCCAAUAAAGAGGGACACUCUUCUUUUAAUACUACUGGUUGUGUACCAU